AUGCUGCGCCCGUCUACAAUAGUCCGGAAGGUUCUCACGCGUAUCUGGCUCUUUCGUGUUUUUGUUGCAAUGCAAACUGUAUCUCGAAACAUAUCAAGAACUGAAGAGAACACAACACUGAAGAUUUCUCCAAUCGCUGCCUUUGAUGGUAAUAACCACUCGCCGAGGCCACGUGCUCAUUCCAACAAUGAUAAAACCUACUGUAAUUACAAAAACAAAUUCAGCGGUGUCAGCGAAAAAGGGACGCAUGUUGUCUUUCUUCACUUCGGACUCCCACGAACAGAAUUCUAUGCGAAAGGUCAAUUACGACAAGCAGCUGCAAUUUACUAUCAAGUACCGAAGAAUGCUGAAAGGUUCAUUCCUACAUCCUUUCUUAUGAAUGGAAAGAUUAGAGACUGUAUAGCAAAAUACGGGGAAUCUGAGUGUAUAGAAGAAUCUUUGAAUAGAUUAACUCAACGAAUACAAGGAAGUCUGAAUACAGUCAUGCCGGAGUUCGAGCUCAUUUCCUGCUCCAAUGCUUUCCUUCUCGAUGAGCCUUCCAUUGAACAACAUCUUGUAGAAGUUGGCAAGGGUGGCUGCUCUCGUAUCGUUUUAAUGCCGUUCUAUCCUCACUUCUCAUGUGCUCAAUCCGGUGCUCUGCUUAACGAAGCAGAGCGCGUCCUCCAGACGUUCACAGUCCCGUCAACAAUUGACGGUAAGGAAGUACCGAACGAACGCAUCGUGCCCAACUCAAGCGAAUCCUUUCACGUUUCUGCUUUGCACCGAUGGAGCAGUCACCCAGUUGUAAGCGAAUACUGGCUCAACAUUCUCCAACCUAUUCGUGAUAAUUACGGUGGUGUGCUAUUUUGUGCGCCAGCUUUACGAGGUUAUAACAGUCGAGAAUUCCGACGAUUAGUGUGGUCAUCUUGUGAACGAGUAAUGGCUGGUUUGAGCGACUCCUUACCAUGGAAACUUGCUUUCUUUAAUGCAUGGGAUCAGUGGAAUUUACCAGUAAGAGACUCCGUCAGAGCACAGGCUGCGCGUCUCUCAACUCAAUUGUCCGGCGGGAAAGCAAUGGCUGUGAUUCCCAUCUCUUCAUUUGUUCCAGACUUCAACACAUUCUGUGUUCUACCAAACUUACUUAAAACAGUGGACGAAGCCGUUCUACUAGAGCCACAACCCGACAGUGCCGUUCUGCUUCAGGGCAUGGUUGAAGUGAUAAAAAAUCACCUGUUAGGAAGAAGAAACGCCCAAUUACGAAGUCGAUGCAACUGGUGUAUCAACAGCCAGUGUGAACAAAUGAGGAGCACGCUCAUUGAUAGUUGA